AUGGGAUAUCUUAGCUGCAGAGCUGAAUCUGCUGUCUUAACCUCCAAUUCCAACACCAGUACAAGCUCCAUCUCCACCUACUCUGCCCACAAACCCAAGAAGAAGAAUCAGAGAGAAGAAACCCUCAAGAUCCAACAAUUCGAGGACAGUGACCUUGAAGAAGCCACCAAUGGUUUCUCAGCUCAGAAACUAUUGGGUAGAGGCAGCCAUAGUUGCGUUUAUAAGGGCGUCCUUCGCAGCGGCUGUCUUGUCGCCAUCAAGAAAUCCUCCAGAGGCGACGGCGGCGUCAUUUCUCGUGCUGCAUCCUCUGCCGACAGCAACAGCAACGAAGUGGACAACGAGAUUGAUAUCCUCUUCAAAGUCCACGGUCCUCGACUCGUGAACUUAUUGGGCUUCAUGAACGAUUCAAGAGAUCGUCUUCUUGUUGUCGAAUUCAUGAGUAAUGGAACCCUUUACGAAGUUCUUCACAACAGUUCUCGACCCCCCAAUUGGGGUCGAAGAAUCAGACUAGCCCUUCAGACUGCUGAGGCUAUUGAUACUCUUCACUCCUCCAUUCCUCCUGUAAUUCACAGAGACAUCAAGUCUGCAAAUAUGUUGAUUGAUCGGAAUUUCAAUGCGAGAUUGGGCGAUUUCGGGCUUGCGUUGCGUUGCCACGUUGAUAAUUUCUAG